UUUUAUUUUCUACUCAUGACGAUAAUUGCGGUUUCAAUACACUCGUCAAUUUCGCCGUUAACCAGUGCCUUGCCUCUGUCGUUUGUCAUUUUAGUGACAGCGUGUAAACAGGGAUACGAAGAUUACCUACGCUACAAAAUAGAUAAACGAGAUAAUCGGAGAUCAGUCAGUGUCAUCCGUAACAAAUGUAGACAGGAGAUAUAUUGCGAACAAAUAGUAGUCGGCGAUCUUGUAAAAGUCUCUCGAGAUGAGGAUGUACCUUGUGAUAUCGUCCUCCUUUAUAGCGAGACUCCGGGUUGCUGUUACGUCACAACAUCCAAUCUUGAUGGCGAAACAAACUUAAAAACGUUACAGGUGCCGAAAAUAGUCUCAGCAAUGCCGCUUACGCGUAUAGUGGCGAUGCAAGUGACAAUUACGUGUCAGCAACCCUUGCCCAAUCUUUACAGUUUCCACGGCAAACUCGAGAUUAAUGAUGACGACGAAACGACCAGCGGGCAUUUAACAAUAGAUAAUCUCAUGCUACGUGGAUCUAGACUGAAAGACACCGAGUAUGUGGUCGGCUGCGCGAUUUACACCGGGCAGGACACAAAAUUGUCGCUCAACUCAAAGAUAGUCAGCAAUAAAUUCUCCACUGCCGAGAAAUCUAUCAAUAAGUAUCUCAUUGUAUAUGUCGUGAUACUGUUGGCUGAAGUGGUGAUAUGUACCAUUCUGAAGCUAUACGUCGAAACUCAACAAGUAUGGGAAAGGUAUCUAGGUCCACUACCCAAGAUUAAUUUUUUCACAUUAAUUACGGAUAUUUUGAGCUUCCUUGUCUUAUUUAAUUACAUCGUGCCGAUAUCAUUGUACGUCACCGUUGAAUUGCAAAAGUUUCUUGGCUCCUUCUUUUUCGGUUGGGACUUGGAUAUGUAUGACAAAGAUAAUGAUCAGCCGGCGCUCACUAAUUCGUCAGAUUUGAACGAAGAGCUUGGUCAAGUUGAAUAUCUAUUUACUGACAAGACCGGCACGCUCACUGAAAAUUUGAUGGUGUUCAGACGUUGCUCAAUUGGCGAUAAAGUGUAUAUGGAAAAAGAUUGUGAUGGAAAUCUUUACUUAUUGCCACCAAGCGGAAACGAGGCAGAGGCCACGAAACUGUCAUCGUGGGAGAGUGGCAUUUGGCAUUUUAUGAUAAGCAUAUCGUUAUGCCACAUGGUCCAAAUCGCGCCGCCGAGCUUACGUUCCGAGAUCAUAGCCAGACGUACUCUGUUCCGCGAGAGCUUCAGAUUGAAGAAAGUCACGAGGGUCAACAGUUCGUUGAUGAUGCAUCCGGAUCUGCCGGAAUAUCAGGCGGCGUCGGCAGACGAAAAGGCAUUGGUGGAGGCGAGUGCCAGAUGCGGCGUUAUUUUACAAACGAAUACUAACGAGGAAAUGCACAUCAAGACCAACGAGAGUAACCUGACCUUCGAGAAGCUAGAAAUACUGGAAUUCAAUUCUGAACGAAAGAGAAUGUCAGUAAUAGUGAAAGAUACAGCAGGAGAUAUCUGGCUGUACUGUAAGGGCGCUGAUUCGGCUGUUAUGCCGUUGAUAACUAAAGGAAAAACACGAAAGACCAACGCUCACGUCGCUGAUUUUUCUAUGAGGGGUCUGCGAACGUUGGUCGUGGCGUACAAAAAGAUGAACCAAUCUGAAUACGAAAACCUGAUACAUAACAUUGAACAGGCCAGACAGAUAAUUGGUGCGGAGAGAGAAACGCGUAUGACGCGGGCGUACAAUCUUAUGGAGAACGGGCUCACCUUGCUCGGAGUAACUGCGGUGGAGGAUCGCCUGCAGGACAAAGUGCAAGAGACCUUGGAAUGUUUACGAGUCGCUGGCAUCAAAAUAUGGGUGUUAACUGGAGAUAAAGCAGAAACUGCAGAGAACAUCGCUUUUCUGUGUGGUCAUUUCAAGAAGGGUACCGAGGUUCUAAGAUUAAUGGACGAGUCCUCAGGGCAGGCCUGCUUGCUGAUUCUCACAAGUUUCGAACGGAAAAUAAAACUGGAGCCGUAUAAGCAGUACGGAUUAAUAAUUGACGGUGUCAGCGUGGCAACGACAUUACGAAAUUACCCAGAAUUAUUUAGAUCCGUCGGAAUGGCCUGCGAGGCGGUUGUCUGUUGCAGAUUGACGCCCCUGCAAAAAAGCGAGAUUGUACAUCUAAUAAAAAUGGCACGAAAUUGUCCGCACACAGCGGCUAUCGGCGACGGCGGUAACGACGUCUCGAUGAUACAGGAAGCGCACGUGGGUAUCGGAAUAUUAGGAAAAGAGGGUCGCCAGGCGUCGAUAUCUGCCGACUUCGCCUUCACGAAGUUCAAGUAUCUGAGGAAAGCAUUGCUGGUGCACGGGCACUGGUAUUAUCUACGCAUCAGCAUUUUGAUGCAGUUCUUCUUUUACAAGAAUAUAGUAUUCAUAACGCCGCAGGUGCUGUUCGGCAUACAUAAUGGUUUCUCUACGCAGGAACUUUAUGAUGGUAUAUUUUUAAUGGGUUUCAACUUGGUAUUCACAUCGCUUCCAAUAUUGAUGUAUGGCCUAUUGGAGCAGAAUUACAAUGCGAAGAAACUUAUGGAACAUCCAUACUUAUAUAAACUAAAUAGAAACAAUUAUUUAAUGUCAAGACAUCAAUUCUUAAUAUGGAUGUUCCUAGGAUUAUGGCAUGCCUGCAUAACGUAUUUUACAGUAUUCGCUAUGACGUGUAUCAAUCCUACGUAUCUGUACGAUAAUACGCCAGUUGAUCAUUGGACUUACAGCACUUGCAUUUUUCAUAUAGUCACUUUACUAGCAAAUCUACAGAUAUUGUUACGCAGUUUAUAUUGGACAAUCCCAUUUGUUUUAAGCGUACUGCUAUCUGAAUUAGUAUUUUUCGUAACUACCUUUGGCUAUUCAGGUUUAAAUAUAAAAUACGAUGGCGACAUGUACGGGGUCUUCCAACAAUUAUUACAGUCGCUUUCGUUCUGGUUCCUUACUAUAUUUAUUAUCAUUACUUGCUUAAUACCUGAUUAUUUAUGGUUGACGUACAAUACAUAUAGACCUCUGAAGAUCCUUCGUAGAAACGAAGAGUCUCCGCAAGUUAUCACUUGCAAUAACGAUAAUGACCAAUACGAUUCGUCGCAAAUGAAAUGCGUGUUUCCAUGGAGAGGUAGCUUUUCGUUGCAGAAAAAUAAGUAA